GGCCAUGGGAGGACAUAGCAGGGUCCGGCACAGGAACGGAAGUAGCCGGGCAAAUUGAACCGGCCGAGAAAGGUCAAUCUGCUGCUGAGAAGGAUAUGGAAAUCAUCCGGACAAAACGAGCAACAAGUGCGGCUGGUGCUGCGGCUCAAACUGGACAACCGAAAAGCAAGUACAGAAAAAGAAGUGUGAGCACCUAUCUGCCUCUGAUCCUUUCGUACUUCCUAUUAUCGUCAAGUAUCGUGCUUGGGAUUGACGUGGCUGAUACUCUUUUUUCCCCGCAUUGGUCUGGCCAGCGGGCCACUCCUCCAGGGAAGUGUCAUUCGUGCAAUAUUCGCGAAACCCCAGAAUGGCGCCGAGGCCCGGAUGGUGCUCGAACGCUAUGCAAUGCUUGCGGGUUACACUACGCAAAGCUUGUUCGCAAGCGGGACAAGGCUAUAGGUGCAGAUGGUCAAGCCGCUCGUAUUGAUAUGGAGACCCUUCGGGCCUCUGCGCGUGCCUCUGAGCUCGCAGGGGAUAAGUCGCGGGCCCAGAAUCAAACCAAUGCAUCCACGACUGCCGCGUCUACAGCUACAACUGAACCUGAAACGAAGCAGGCAAUGCCUUUGAGUCACCAUCAGGGUUCCUUCCAGGUCAUACCAAUAGGUCAGACGAAUGGGUCGAGCACGGGGAAUUCUCAGCCUUCUCAUCAACACCAUCAGCACCAUGCGUCGCAUCAUCACCACCAGCAGAAUAUAUCUCCUGCUCACGAUGCUACAUUGCCUGUUCCGCCCCCACCACCAUGGACUGUGUCUACUCCUGCUGGGGCCAAUCGAAACUACGCCUCAGACCAGUUGCAGCACCAAUCGUUCAUGCGUACAUCACAUUCGGUGUCCAGUGGUGCAUCACCGCACUGAUUGACCAGUCGUUCAUUGUAAUCUUAUCAAUGAAUACGCCUAUUGUGAUUCUAUUAGUUGAUCAUGCGGUUUUCGUUUCCACUCUUUCUCAUCUGUGGUUUGUGCUAUACCUAAUAUCCCUUGUUAUUCAUUCGUAUCUUGCUGUCGUUCUUAUCGGUUUUCAGCAGUAUCCUGUAUAAUGUGGUAUUCUCUCUGAAUUUGUUGCUACGGUAUCUCUAGGCUCGUACGAAGGUAAUUGUUCUUAUUCUAUUGUACAUUCUGUUUAAGCUUCAUAAAAUAGGUAGCCCAGUUGUUUUUCUUACCCACGUCUUAGUUCGAUUUUUUCAAUAAUAGUCAUCGGUUUCACUCCCAUC